AUGAAGCCUUGUAAAGGAGUUGUUAUUGAAGACAUGGGUGUUAAAUUUGAAUGCAAUGGUGUUGAUAAUGGUAAAUUGUGGUUUAAAAAUGUAAGAGUACCAGUAGAUAAUUUAUUGAAUAGAUUUUCAAAUAUCGAUGAAAAUAAUAAAUUUACAAGUUUAAUUCCUAAUAGAAGAGGACGGUUUUUAAAAGUAGCAGAUCAAUUACUUUCUGGUAGAUUAGCGAUUGCUUCAUUACAUACAGGUGGAUCUAAAGUUUGUCUGGCGAUUGCAUUUCGUUAUGCUAAUUCAAGAUUAGCAGUUGGUCCAACUGGUAAAAGCGACACACCGAUUUUGAAAUAUCAAUUACAACAAAAUGCAUUAAUCCCACUGCUAGCACACACAAUAGUCUUGAACAUUUUUCUAAAUUAUUGUAAACAAAGAUGGUCAAUAUUUUCUACAUCACCGUUAAGUUACCGAUUGAGCAACAAUAAUGAAUCAUCGGAAAUUGUAAGAUUAUGUUGUGUGGUAAAGCCAUUGAUUACUUGGAAUAGUGAAAGAGUUGCUAGUAUUUGUAGAGAAAGAUGUGGGGGUCAAGGAUUUAUGGGUAUCAAUAGAUUUGGUAAUUAUAUUGGCUUUUCUCAUGCUGGUAUGACCGCUGAAGGUGAUAAUAGCGUAUUGAUGCAAAAAGAAUUAUUAGCAGAUGUCAAUUCAGGAAAAUAUAAGUUGCCUGUUGUGUCAGAUUUUAAAAAUUCUAAAUCAUGGGAUUUAAAUAAUUUGGAAAAUCAAUUGAAAUUACUUAGAUUAAGAGAACAAAUUUUAGUAAAACAACUUGAUGACAAUAUGGCCAAAGGUUUAUCAACUGGCAGUUCAAUUUUCGAAGUAUGGAUGUUAAAUCAAUCAGAUCUUGUACAAUCAGUUGCAAAAGCACACGGUCAUAGAAUUGCAAUGGAACAAGCAUUAUUGGCGAUUGACGAUAAAAGAUUACAUCAAACUAAUGGUACUAAAAUCCUAUUAAAAAAUAUAACCACUUUGUUUGGAUUGAAUUUGUUAGCUGCGAAUAUGUCUUGGUAUUUAACGAGUGAAUUAAUUAGUAUUGAAAAAGCAAAAUUGCUUGAUGAAUUGAUCACUGCUAGUAUUAAGGUAUUGUCGCCAUACAGUCUUGAUAUUGUUAAUUCGUUAGGCGCUGAUGAAAGAAUAUUGUUUGCUCCUAUUGCCAAUAAUUGGGAAAGCUACAAUAUAACAGAUAAUAAAGGUGAAUUGGUUAGCGACAUUCAUGUAGGAUUAAAGAGUAGAUUGUGA